CCAGCGGGGCGGGGCUUGGGGCGGGGCUUGGUCGCGCUCUGUUCCGCGAUACUGUUGUUUUGUAGGACUUCUUGGUUUUCCGUACAGUGAUUGAGUGAGGCAGGUUAGCUGAUGUGCUACAGCCGGACGCAUCUUAAAGGUCUGAGAGUGUGAAUAAUGAGCACAGCCGACAGUUCGGGAGCGUCAGGGUUGGAAACAAACACAUUAACUCUGUUCCCCAUGUGGUGGAGCUGAGUGCUGACGCACCUUGUGCCCGCUGAGGUGUGAAGGUGAGGUCGGCUGGUUUCCUCAGUCCUGCAGAGUUUGCUUCACUCCGCCCUGUGUGAGAGGAGAGCAGAGCCGCACUUAUGCUCAAACUAACCCAGACCUUCGACAUUCAAACAGACAUUAUUUCGAGCAUUAUAGCUAAAGAAGAGACUGUAAGAAGAAGUAAAGACUGUGCAGGUGUUGCUGACACUCGCAUCCUCAAUGUUGAGAAGGAUGGAGGCAUCGUGUAUUCUUGGAGAGGUGCCUCAGGAACCACCAGGGUCGGCAAAUAUGACCCUCAUACGAAACAGAAUAAGCUACUUUACACUUUUGACAAGCAGGUGUGUAUCAGCAGCUGCUCACUGAACAAAGAAGAAACUCUGUUGGCGGUCAGUCUGACUCAGUCCACGCAGGGAAGAGAAGAAUCGUAUAAACCAGCUUCAAAAUGCCUGACACUCCUCAUAGAAAUACACCCAAUUAACAACACUAAGGUCCUAAAAGCUGUGGACUGCAGGGUCAAAGUUCAGUUUCUGUAUCCUGACUUUUUUCGGAACACUGCUCUCGAGAGCCAUUUGUUGCUGGCAGCAGAGGACGGCUAUGUGGAUCAGUACCACAUACCGCUGGUGAAGCAAGAAGGUUACAGAGUCGUGAUGCAGAAUUCAGAGCGUCUGGUGAGAGACAGGGUGGCAGAGGAGUUCUGCUGGGCUCAGUGGGACUCAGGACCCCAAAGACUCUUCUACCUCACCUGUCGGAAGAAACAUACGCUGAAGUGUGUGCAGUUUUUCCCUGAUCGCAACUUUGAGACCUUGUUUGAGCUGCCUCUGGAGCUGCCCAGUAAUCCUUUCACCUCUGUGAGGUUUGUUAACUUCGGACAUGAUCACUACCAAGAGCAGCCAAGUGAGGAACUGAAGCUGGUGGUAUUUACAGACAGAACAGAGAGGACCAUGUGUGUAUGCUACAGUCAUCCUCUGUAUAGACGUAAAGAUAGCACAUACACCAUUGCAUUUGUGCACAAAGGCUUUAGUAAGACAUACACUGUGGCUCUCGAGCAAACAGCCAUAUCAGCCAGCACAGCAAACCUCCGGCCACUCUUCAUCCACUUGGGUUAUUACAUAGUGGUGUAUCUUGCUGGCCACUUCCUCCAUCUGAUCAACUGCAGGCAGCAGGACCUGCUCUGCCACAGUCUAUUUCUGUCAGGUGCUGAUGCCUGUGUGGAUGCAUUGGGGGCUGACAGCGUCGUAGUGAGUGUGCCCAGCCGCAGGCUGCUGGACAUACAGAACGGCAGAAUAUACACCACUGACCUCAGCCACGACUUUCUGCUGCAGCUCCUCAGCUCCAGUAGGCCUGAAGCACAGCGUCUGGCCGGGCUGCACUGCAUGCUGGUCCACCUGGGACCCGACCAGGAUCUAGAGCAGAAGAUCAUCAACUGGAUCAGCGAGAAUGUGAUGAGCUUUGACGCUUUUGAUCAAAUUCAGGAAUUUAUUCUGGCUUCUCUGUACAGAAUCUGCUAUCAGCAGUCUCUCAGUCUGGAUAAAGUCCUGCCGUACUCCUCUGUGUUUGAGAAGAAGGAGCUUCCAGUCGCCCUCACUGCUAUCCCAGGUGUAAAGUGCACCCCUGAGUUGCUGGCACAGCCAGUAAUCAAAGGAAAGGGCAGGAGUCUGCAGGGCUACUGGGAGGAGUUGCAGUGGAUUAUAGAAAGGAUGAAGUAUUUUGAGGCCGUUCCCAACCCUCGAUACCGAACCACCCAGAUCAAGAGUGACUGGACCAAGCUACAGGCCGCCCUGAACUCGGAGAAAAAGAAAUCCUCUAACCACCUUCGAUACCUUGAGGAGAACACCAAAAAAGUUUUGUCUAUGGUAGACACAUGGCGUUUGGAUAAGAGAGUGGUGCCUCUGUUCCAGGAGGAAGACCAACAACAGAGGGUGCUGGUGGGCCUGAUGGUGGACAAGCUCCGGGAGCAUUUGAACAGACACCUGCCACGGCUGGGGAAGAAGAAGAUUGACAUGUUGGUGCUGAACUACGUCGCCAAACUGCUGGAGCUGGUCAGACACAUGCUGGAGUCUGUGUGGCUGAAGCUGAAGUUGGGUCCCACUGUGCUCUGCCUUAAACAGCAGGGGAGCUCGGAGGACUGGGCGAUGUUUCAUGUGAUGUGUCGGAUUCUGGAAGCCACUAAAGGACUCUGUCUGCCGCUUCCACCAGGUUAUUCUACACUUCUGACUGUGCUGGGUGUGCGCUGUCUACCUAGCCACACAUUCCUGCAGUAUGUGGAUCACGGCUUUCUACAACUCACUGAGCCCUUCGUCUCACGCCUUAUGACAGAUCUAGAUAACAGUGAUGGCAGUGAAGAACUGAAGUUCAGUGUCCUGAAGAGACUUCCUGAGUGUAUGGAACAGAGAGUGUGUCAACUAUGGGAUCACCCGAUCAGCUCAGCCUGCAUCUCCAGAGAGUAUGUGAGAACUCAGCUCGAGAAAUACACCAAGACCAGGGGCUCAGUACAGUUGGACAGGGAAAAGACAUGCUUCAGGCCUGAGUUCCUGCCAUUAACCUACCUCGCCAGCAUCCUCUCAGACAUGGAAGAGCAAGCUCCAAACCCCUUUGAAGAACAGGAGAAUGUGGAUGCCAGGUUUGUGGAAGAAACUGCACUGAAGCAGACUAUGAUCAAGCUGGGCUUGGAGCACAAGUAACAACAAUGCAAACAGGAGGAAAAAGAAUGUAUGAGGUGGCUACACAAAAAUCCCAAAACGUAUCUGAAACGGAGACUCGGCGCUUACAUGACAGGACGAUAAUAAAUCCCACGUUGAGCAA